AUGAAAAUGGUUAAAUUAAUGAGUAGUCCAUUAAAAGGUAUUUUAAACGCUCGCCGUGGGCAUUCCGCAGAAUCUAUAAUUUCCGAUUGGAGAUUUAAAUCCCAGCUGGCACCAUUAGAAAUGUCAAUAGCCCGCCGCGACUUGAAUAACAAUACCAAGCCAAAAGAAGCCAUGGAUAUCAUUCUCAAGGUGAAAACCCUGGAGAUAAACUCAAGUUUCGAUACUAUGAAGAUCGAUCGAGGCAUAAGUGAACACUGGAGCAACGUGUUGCGCUACCGCUGGCCUAUAGUCGUCCAGAGCGUCUUCUUGAUUAUAAUCAUCGCGAUUCUCGGCCUUCGAAUUGGACUGAGGGACAACCAAGACCCAGGAAUUCAUUCAAAUUACAACAAAUUCUCCCUCUGGCCUCCCUUCAAUUCAAUCUCUCCCUCAACUUUUAAGGCUUCGGACUACAGCUACGGCGGUUGUAAUUAUGGAUUUUAUUGCGGUGGCAUCAAAACCACGGAUGGAGAACUAGUACGGAGGAAAGCAAGCUUUUUGAAGCGGAAGAGAAACCUCAAAGAGUUGAUCGACUAA